UAACCAAAAAAGAAAAAAGAAAAACUAACAAAACAAACCGGAGCUCUCUCUCUCUCUCUAUCUCUGUCUGUUUGCCGUGUCGCAGGUACGGUGAGUUUAGCAGGAAACAGAAAGAGUGUGUUUGAUGUCCAUCUUGCCCUCCAACACACCUGCUUCUUCGUCGUCGUCGUCCUCAUCAUCGUCUACAGUCUCUCCGCAAACUCCUAAUUCUGAUCAUGGCAGCUUCAUCUCACCUCUUCCUUCUUCCCAACAACAACAGCAGCUGCAGCAUUUGUCUCCUUCCGCCGUCCUCCGAUCCGUCCGAAUCUCUGACUCUGCUUCUUACCAUGAUACCGCAGUCAUACAAGCUGCACAUGACGAUUCUGAUGGACCUUCUGAAAAGGUAAACUAUUGGGAGAAACAUGGUGCUGGAAAGAAUAUGGUAAAUGUUGCUGAUCAAGUAGGUGAUGGACUUCGAUCUAUUCAAGAUCAAGGAAAAUUGUCUCAAUCAGUUGCUUCCCCAAACAAUGGUCAGAGCACUACUUCGAGAGGAGGUCCUAGAGGAAGUUCUACAACUUCAGCUGGAAGGAAGACCCUGAUGGUUAGUGGUAACCACUUGCUCAAUUUUCAUUAUGAUCCCAUUUCUCGCAAUCCUAGGCCUCGGGCCCCACCUCCCAGAAGACAGCAGAGGAGAAAGCCUUACAAUAAAGACUUGUUUAUUCAGGCAAAUUACAAGUUCGUUAUUUUAGAUUCAGGAAACUAUGAACCUGAAUCCAUGGACCCGGAUAAGAUGCUAUUGUGGGAAGACAUAAUCUGUCUCAAGUAUUUUACUCCGUUUGAAGUACACUGUCCAAUAUGUUUGGACAAACCUCUAUGUCCACAGAUAACUUCUUGUGGUCAUAUCUUUUGUUUUCCUUGUGUUAUGCAGUAUUUAAUGUUGGGUGAAGAUGAUCGUAAAGCUGAAUACAGUAAGCAGUGUCCCUUGUGUUUCAUGAUGAUAUCUUCAAAGGAUUUGUAUACCAUCUAUAUCGAAAAUGUUAAGCUGUACUCUAUUGGUGAUGUCAUAGAAUUUUGGCUCUUAACCCGUCAAAAAGAUUCUUUUCGGUUAUCUCUGAAAAAUAAUGAAGGGAUAGAUACAAUUGAUGAAGUUCAUGAUUCCUUCUCAAAGUUUACAUUUACUUCAGAUGUGGACCUUUCAGUUAGAGAAGCAAUGUCAGAUCUAGAUAGUUGGUUAGCCAGGGCAGAUUCAGGCCUAGUAGAUGAUAUGGAGAAACUUCCGUAUGUCUGUGCUGCAAUAAAGCAGUUGGAGCAGAGAAAGAAAUAUUGGAAUGAGCGCCAGGUUUCUAAUGGCUAUAUGACUAGCAGGCUCAAUUCCUCUUUAACAACUUUUCCUGGAUCUCCUCCUACUGCAAGAGUAUCCAAUAUUGGUGUAGAUGUGUACGAAUCUCCAUGGGGAUCUCCGUCUAAUUCUGUUGGUGACAAGUCAUUAUGGGUAGAAACUUCAACUCCAGAUGUGUCGUCAAGUUCUCUUGAAACUUCUGAUUUACGAGAAUCAUUAGAUGACCGUGACAGAUUUUCUUCAUCUUCAUCGAGGGAUAAUAAGAGUUUACAAGUAAGGUUUGAUGGGUGCAAUGGUGGAAAGGACAGCGAUUCGUACAAUUUUUACCAGGCGGUUGAUGGCCAAAACCUUAUCCUUCAUCCUUUAAACAUGAAGUGUCUGUUACAUCAUUAUGGGAGCUAUGAUAGACUUCCGAACAGAAUCACUGGGAAGAUCUUACAGUUGGAAUCAGUAACACAGUCAGAGGCAAUGAGAAGGCGUUAUCGCUAUCUAGGCCAUUUUUCUUUGACAGCAACAUUUCAGUUUUGUGAGAUUGAUCUUAGUGAGGUACUGCCUGCUGAUUCCCUUUCUCCGUUCUUGGACGAAAUCAGGAACAGGGAAAAGCAAAGGAAGCGAGUCGCAAGGAAGGAACACCGUGACAAAGUCAAGGCUGAAGCUGUUGGGUCAAAUUAUGCCAUGUCGCUUAAUUUGGAGCAUACCCCUCAUGACGAACCGCCUAAUUUCUCCAUUGACGACUUUGAAGUCUUGGGAACUUCCACUACGACGUCAUCAAGUCCUCCAAAUAUUCGAGAAAGGCAGUCAUUUUCAAAUGUUGCUAGGCUGGGUUUUGCUGCUGCCCAUGAUUCUCCAGCUCUAAAAAUUGAGGAGGCUCGUUCUCACACAGGAAUGGAAGUGUCAACUGGGACAAGGAACAACAGCGGACCCUCUUUCGCCAAUAUAACAUCCAGAGGAAAACCUCCUGAAAGGACUGAUGUUGCCGAGGUGAACAAGAUGGGAAAGAAAGGGAAAAAGCCUAGUCGUGUUCUCCUUUCAACAGCUGGCAGUCGGCGCUAUUGAAGCUUGAUCGACAGACCGAUCCGAUAGAGAAUGAUAUAAGCCACUAGCAUCUGUGAAUAUUGGAACAUCUGCUUUUACACUGGGAGUGGUCUGCGCUCUACAUUUGUUCUUUUGGCCUUAGUUCAAACACCUCUUUGUUUCUGGUUGUCAAUAUGUAAUAUGUACGCGACGAGCGAGGGGCUCUUAGAAUAUAUCGGGUAUCUGAACCAGACAAGAACUAUGCUAUUGUAGGAGGACAAAUAAAUUGCAGAAUCAAAGAAGGGAGAAUGACCAAUAUGGUUCCUAACAUUUCGAAAGAA